CGCUCCAUUUUAUCUUUUGGAAAUCACCGCCAAACUGACGGCCGCUACUUCGCUUGCGUGAUUGCCCCUGAUCACCUGCAGCCGGUAGAGUAGCCCAGGUUAUUUUUUGCGUAGCGGUUUGAUGACAGUGUAACGUUUAGUUACGUGCCUUUUUUCUAGGAAUAGUUAUAGAUUGCGGCCGAUCUACGAAAGGAUCCUUUUAUCUUCUCUGUCAACGAAGACGGUUCAAUAAUAGGAAUAUUUAAAAUGAUUAGCGGGCGUGCUUUGCAUUUUGUAUUUAAAAUACCGAACCGUAAAUUGACGGCGAAAUUUUAUCGAGAAAUUCUUGGAAUGAAGGUGUUGCGCCAUGAAGAAUUCUCUGAAGGUUGUGAUGCUGCCUGCAACGGGCCGUAUGCAAAUCGAUGGAGCAAGACCAUGAUCGGAUAUGGUCCAGAGGAUACUCAUUUUGUUAUAGAAUUAACUUAUAACUAUGGAAUCCAGGAAUAUGAAGUUGGUAAUGACUUUCGUGGUAUAACAAUUAGAUCUAAGGAAACAAUUGAGAGAGCACGUUCAAAUGGAUGGCCUAUGAGCGAAGAGGAUGGAAAAUUUAUUCUUGAAGCACCAGGUGGAUAUAAGUAUUAUGUUAUUGAUGAGCCACAGCCUAAAGAGAAAGAUCCAGUAGAGAAGGUAACUCUGUCUAGCUCUGACCUUCAAAAGACUAUUGAAUAUUGGAAAGAUAUUUUGAAAUUGAAAGUAUUUAACCAAACGGAUAAAACUGUAUUGUUAGGAUACAGUGACGAUCAGGCUAAACUAGAAUUUGAGGAUAUAGGCACUGAAAUUGACCAUGCUAAAGCUUAUGGUCGUAUAGCUUUCUCCAUUCCAUAUGAUCAACAGCCUGAAAUUCAAAAAUUGAUCAAAGAGUCUGGAAACACAAUAUUAACUGACUUAAUCACUUUGGAUACACCGGGAAAAGCUUCUGUAAGAGUGAUCAUACUUGCAGAUCCGGAUGGCCAUGAAAUUUGUUUUGUGGAUGAUGAAGGAUUCCGUCAGCUAUCAGUUCCAGACUACCCAAGUGAAAAAAUUUUAGACAGAUACAUUGCAAAGGAAAAAUAAAUUCUUAAAUAUUUCUCUUACAAAUUAUACAUUUCAGUAUUUUCGUAAAUUUGGAAGGCUGUGUUAAUAAUCAUUUAUAUUUUUGACAAUUAUUGAAUACAGAGGUGGAGGUUUAUGCGGUAGAUAAAGAUAUCGAUUUUUAAUGAUUUAUAAUAAUCCUGAAUACUUGUUAAAUAUUUCAUAGAGUCUGUACAUACGAUUUUGUAAUCAUUUAGAGUUUCUACAAACUGCGUCGUCUUUGGUGGAAGUUGUUAUCGUGAGAUAAAAUAAAAGAUUUAUUAUGAA